ACGUGAUCGCUCUCCCUCUUCGCGUCUGCAAACACCUCAGACCGUGGUCAUGCCUGCAGGGGCGUCCCUCGCGGCGUUCAUCGUCACGACACUGGCUUUAGUAGUCCCAUGGUACUACUUCGUAUUAGGCAAACGGCCCAUAUCCACGGCCCCGCGCCUCACGCUAUUAACCAACAUCUUCGUCCUUCUCCACUCGCUGUACUACAUCUACCAACUCAUCGUCUGCCCUCCGACCAACAUAUUCAAGAGCCUCAGGCUUCCCUUGGCAACUCCUGUGGAUGUGAUGCGGAGCAUCUUGUUGCGGCAGUCAGACACGGGGGAGUUGCCUGCCCAGCUCGAAACGCUCUUGAAGCAUCUGGGAUCGUUCGACGUCAAGACCUUCUAUGUCCGAUUCGGCCACGAGGUCGUGUCGGCGUGCGACUAUUGCCGGACAUUCGACGAGUUCGCGCUGUUUGCGCUGCCCAAGAUCCUAGCGGUGUAUAUCUACGCCGCAGCUACUAUCGGGAUCGUCACCAUUGUCGGAUCCGGCCACGAACGAUUCCGCACGCUCGCAGUCUCUGUCAUAGGCGGCGCGUUCUGUUUCGAGAUCUACUACAUUGCCACGGUGGCUGUCGAGUUCCCGAAGGACGAGCGGACGAGCGUCGUCUGGUGGCACGACAGACUGCUCCUCCUCCGGCGCCUGCUCUUCCUCGCUCUCCCGCCCCUGAUCUCCGCCCUGCCGCGCGUCCACACCGCGAUCGCGCUCAGCCCGACAGCGACCGCCCUGCGCACCGCGGAGCUCGCGUUCACGCGCAUGAAGCUGCUGCGCCUGACGCGCGGCGCGAUCAUGCGCGCGCCCCUCCUGCGCGCGCGCGCCGAUGCGUGGUGGGCGGCGCAGGCGCAGGAGGGCACGUGGGUCCGCGAGGACGCCGCCGUGCAGGACAUGGCGCGGCGGCUGGGCACCGGGUUCGGUGACGAGGACGAGGACGAGGACGAUGGGUCGGGCUCGGAGAGCGGGGGUGCUGGCCCGCUGCGCGCUAAGGCGCAGGAGUCGGUCGCCUCGCUGGCUGCUGGACCAUCACCCAAACUCCCGCUUGCCAGAACUGCGGCGAUGCCCAGUGCGCCUGCGCCUCCGCUGACGAUGAGCCUUGCUACCCUCUUCUUCACUAUCACUCUUCUGUCGGCCUCGGCUCCCACCGCUCACGGCCUGGACCUGUUUCCGUUCUUCAAUGCCGUGAUAUUCUCCGCCGGAGUCUCCGGGACGGAAACUAUCGGGAACGGUAACUACACCAAGUUUGGCCGCGUCCUCGUCGCGCCACGCGGGGCCAGAGACUCGAAGAACGCCCCGCAGGCGGUGUAUGUGUCGACCGACCAGACCGCGCAGCCGAUGGCGGCUGCGGCGGUAGCCCUUUCCGACAUGCUCUGGACCAUCCACUAUGCGCCUGAUGUCGUCACGGACGAGGAGAAGUACAUAUUGAAUUGCAAUCCCUCCGCGAAGCAGCUGCUGGUCCUGUCGCAGAACGACACUGCCUUGCAAGUCAGUGCGUUCUGCGCCGAUCACACCGACCUGUCGUGCUGGACUGUCGACGACCAGGGCCAGAUAUCGCUCAGCGCGCUCACCACGGCGCCGACCAUUCCGGACAACCAGCUGUUUUUGAUGUCAAUGUAUCCCGCGCUUGACUCGGACCCCAGCCACGAAGAAGGCACCGCACUCGCGGACACAAAGGGCGCUUUCGCUGACCUCUUUGGUCCUGGGAGCCCCGGGAGCAAGAAGCCCCGGGCCGCUUUCCCCGGUGCUUGAGCAUCCGUCACAACCUGCGAUGUACUGCAAUCCUCGCUUUGGGGCAAAUGGUUGGCAGGAGUGACUGGAGACAGCUUCGCUGCAACAUUCCGACACGAUUUUUUGCCGCGGUUACUACUUUUGGUUUAUUGUAUCUUUGUCUCUAUUCUGACUCGUGUGAUGCACUGUGCUUGCGCCUCCGUG